AUGACCCGUCUCGCCCAUCCCUUGGUGCUCGGCAUCGAAAGCUCCUGCGACGACACCGCCUGCGCGGUGCUCGAUGGCGAUGGCCGGGUGCUGGCCUCGGCGGUCUCCAGCCAACUCGCGGCCCAUCGACCCUUCGGCGGCGUAGUGCCCGAGAUCGCCUCGCGCCAACACCUCGAAGCCUGGCCAGCCACCAGCGCCGAAGCCCUCGCCAAAGCCGGCGUCGAGCUCGCGCAAAUCGACCUGGUCGCCGCCACCCGCGGCCCCGGGCUGAUCGGUUGCUUGCUAGUAGGCCUGGCUCUGGGGCGCUCGAUCGCUUGGGGGCUCGACAAACCCUUCUACGGCACCCAUCACCUCGAAGGACACAUCUACUCACCCUUCUUGGCAACCGGCGGCAACUCAGCCGCAGCACCUCCCGAGCGUUUCAUCGCGCUGGUGGUGUCCGGCGGCCACAGCUCCAUCUUGGAGAUCGCCGGCGACCGCAUCGAGAGCCUGGCCGAGACCCGCGACGACGCCAUGGGCGAAGUGUUCGACAAAGUCGGCAAGCGGCUCGGCCUGGCCUAUCCACAGGGGCCCAAGGUCGACCAACUGGCCGAGCUCGGCCAAGUCGAGCGCGGUCGCUUCAAAGUCAAGCGCGCCAAAGGCGAGCUGUUUUUCACCUUCUCGGGGUUGAAAAGCCAGGCGCUGCGCGAAAUCGAGCGCCUGGAACAAGCUGGUCAGCUGGAGAAAUUGCCACGCGGCGCCGAGCGACCCGCCGAAGAUCUACCGCCCAAAGCCCUCGAUCUGCUGGCCAACUUUCGCGACGCCGCAGUCCGCCAAUUGAUCGAUCGGCUGGAACGGCUGCACGGCGACCGCCCGUUGGAUUGCCUGGCGGUGUCGGGCGGUGCCGCCGCCAACCGUCUGCUACGCCGCGAGCUGCGCCGCUGGGCCGAUGAACGAAGCGUCGACCUGCGACUUGUAACAAUAGGCUAUUCCGGCGACAACGCGGCGAUGAUCGCCUUCGCCGCCCUGAUCCGCCAUCGCCAGGGCUUCGGACCCGAUCCCGCUAGCCACCAAGUCGCCAGCCGGCUGCCCUUCGCUACCGGAGGCUGA